AUGUCUUCCAUCAAUCUCAUCAUUCCACGUGAAACCAUGUUCAACACUGGCUUCUUAUCGGCACGUAUCUGGUCGCCAACCUCUACUUCAUGGAGCGUCAUCUACUAUACCGCUCUAGUCUUUGGAGCCUUUGCGUUUUAUUGGCUCUCCCUCGUAUUUUAUCGCCUCUUCUUGCAUCCUCUUAGGAACGUCCCCGGGCCGAAAAUCGCGGCGGCUACCAGCUGGUAUGAGUUCUACCAGGGCGUCAUUCUCGAUGGCCACUACAUAAAAGACUAUCCCCGAUUUCACGAGAAAUAUGGCCCGAUUGUCCGAAUGAGCCCUAACAGAGUCCAUAUCAAUGACCCAAACUUCUAUCACAAGGUUUAUUCCACUGGAACCAAGUUCCUCAAGGAGCCUGCCAAGUUCAGAUUCGCUGGUGAACUCGACGCCCUGCCUUUUAUCAUGGAUCCCGCAGCUCACAAAGUCCGUCGCGGCAUUGUCAACCCUAUGUUCUCGCCCCGCGCGAUCAAGGAUUUCUCACCUCUAGCUCUCCAGAUCAUCAAGGGUGCUCUUAAGAAGAUUGGUGACUCGUAUGAGACCGGGAAGCCUGUUAGCUUGAAGCGACUUGAGUCAAACUUUGCUAUGGACAUCAUCAUGAAGCUUUGCUUCGGGAAAGAUAUGGGCUGCACUGAAGGAAAAGAAGGAACAGAGGCACUCGUCAAUUCGAUGGUGGCUCUGCCCCAUAGCUUCAGUCUCAUCAAGUACUUUCCUAUGCUUGGAAAGAUCAUGCAAUCCUUUCCCGCUCAUGUUUUAAUCUACAUCAUUCCAGUUUUCGUCGAGUUCCGCAACCUAUGUGCUCAAUGGGCGAACGAAGUGCGCGAGAGACAUCAGAAUGGUGUCUACACCGAUGGGACUGGUCGUGAAACCGCCUUCGACGCCAUUCUAGCCGCCGAGCCCGAUCGCUCGACUAAGGGACUGGUUGAUGAGGCCUUUUCACUCGUCAUCGGCGGUAUUGAGACUACUGUGACGACCAUUACCUAUGGAGUUUGGUGCAUCUUGAAGAAUCCCGAAGUUGAGAAGAUGAUGCUGGAGGAGCUUCGCACUGUCGAGACGAAUAGCGAUGGGUUGAUGGAGUAUCCGAAUCUGAUGAAUUUACCUUACUUGACUGCCGUGAUUCACGAGACUCUUCGCAUCUUCUCCCCAGCUCCAGGCAUCCUUACACGUCUUGUGCCAUCCGGCGGCACAAAAUAUGGUAGCCACUUCUUGCCUGCAGAUACUUCCGUAUCAACGGCCCAGCGUCUGAUCCACUACGACCCAGUCCUGUUCCCGGAGCCCGAGACCUUCAUGCCCGAGCGAUGGCUCGACAACAGCGACAAAGCUUCCAAGAAGAAUCCGAUUCCUUUCAGUAACGGUCCGCAUAUGUGCGUUGGCCUGAACUUGUCCUACAUGGAAGCCUACAUCUUCCUCGGGAACCUCAUUCGACGAUUCGACCUGAGCUUACAUGACAAGAACCAAGGCGCGCUUCGAUGGAAGGACUACAUUGCUCUUCAUAUUGAGGACGACGUUUUGAUCAAGGUCAAUGGGCUUCGGUAG